AUGGCGCUCUUUGGUGGACGCAGAGCCCGAGCCUCGCCGGGGGCCACUAACGGGGCGACGACGACGACGCCGACGAAGCGUCGAGGAUUUGGAUUUGGACGUGGUGGUCGCAAGAACCGUCAGGCGUACGCGAUGCACACGCGUCCCAGCUUUGGACAGUGGCUCAAGGUUACUUGGCUGGAUAUCCUGACCAUGGUGGCUAUGGGCGCUAUUGGCCUUGGUGUCUACGAAGCCAAGCCUGCACCGACUCGGUCGUUCCCCGUUACCUUUUCUGACGGCGAGAUUGUCUGGCCCGAGUUUGGCUACCCCCUCCGCAAGGAGAUUAUCCCCAUCUGGCUCGCUGCGUUCCUCGCUGCCAUCAUCCCCAUCGCGGUCAUCCUGGUGAUGCAGAUCCGCAUCCGCUCCUUCUGGGACGUCAACAACGGUGUCAUCGGUCUUCUGUACUCGCUCAUCUCCGCCGCCGUCUUCCAGGUCUUCUGCAAGUGGCUCAUUGGCGGCCUCCGCCCUCACUUUCUCGACGUCUGCAAGCCGGACAUCAGCCGCGUGACCAACCAAGGCCUCGACAGGAGCGGCUUCACGCAAAUCUACUACACCCGCGACAUCUGCACGGGAGACCCAGACCAGAUUGACGACAGCCUGGAGUCGUUCCCCAGCGGCCAUACGACGGCCGCCUUUGCGGGCUUCGUCUUCCUGUCCCUGUACCUCAACGCCAAGCUCAAGGUCUUCUCCAACUACCACCCGGCCAUGUGGAAGCUCAUCGUCAUCUACGCGCCCAUCCUCGGCGCGGUGCUCAUCGGCGGUGCGCUCACUAUUGACGAGUUCCACAACUGGUACGACGUGGUGGCUGGCGCCAUUAUCGGUACUGUCAUGGCCUUUUCGGCAUACCGCAUGACAUACGCCGCCAUCUGGGACUGGCGCUUCAACCACAUCCCGCUGAACCGCGGCGUGGCGUUCCCCUACAUGGCUGGCAAUGGAGACUUGUUUGGAGCGACGUUUACGAGGCGUGUGGGCUGGGGAAGUGAGAGCUUUGCGGGUCGUGGAGAUGGUGUUGGUGCUGCCGGAGUUGGAUCUGGUUUUACUCAUGACAAGAUGGGACACCAUGGCAAUGGGUACCACAAUGGCGUUGAUGGCGUGAAUGGACAUCACAACGGCGUUGGUGCGAUUAAUGGACAUCAUGCGAAUGGCGUGACUGGAGCGAAUGGAGAGUAUGCGAACCCGACGGUGCCUAGACGGGCGGUUGGGGGAGAGAUGCACCCUCAUGGAGAUCAGAUGGUGUAA